AUGGCUGUUGUUACAUCUAACAUCCGAGACGCCUCCUUUUCUUCAUACUUGAGUAUUAACGAGCAAACCAUUCUACGUAAACUUGGUGAUCAGAAGUCAAGCCAAAACCUCAGUCCAAUCAUCACAACCACCAGUCCUUCCAAGCGAGAUGAUCAGCUUAAGCACUUGGGAACUAGAAAGAAGGAAGAAGAGGAAGAAAUUGGAGUAUUUGGAGCUGAAAAAUACUUCAAAGGAGUAAUGGACGAGGACAGCUCAAAAAGUUCAAGCAGCACAUGUAGCUCAAUGAAGUUCCAUGGUCAUCAGCAGCAGCGAGUCAAUCUAGAUCACAUGAAGCUAAAGGUGCAACAGCAUGGAACUCCAAGUGUUCGUUCCGAAGCAAGUAGUUGGAACAGCCAGAGUGCACUGCUGACAAGUGGGUCGAGAAAAGGCACAAGGACUAACAAGACAAGCAGCAACAAGGCACAGAGGAAGAGCUUCUUUGCAGCUCUUGGUUGUUCAUGUACUGAUAAGAAUUCUGUUGAUAUUAAUGAAGAGCGUGUUGGUGAAAUCAGCUUCAAGCAGAAUGGUGCCAACUGUGGAAUCACAGCUACACCACCACACAUUAAACAAAGUCUUGACCUUGUUAGUGAAGCUCUGGUCAAAAUUAAACAACAAACCCCGGAUUCAUGGGUGAAGGAGGAGAUAUUGAUGAACAACGAAAAGAUCGAGAAGUUGGGAACUGGUCUGAGCACAGAAAACUGCUUUACUUUCCCAGCUGCAAAAUCUGGAGCGGUGAGUAACUUGCCUAUCAAGAUUCCUGCCUUUCAAGAAAUGGAAGAUGAGAAAAUGAGGAAGUCUAUAGAGGUGUUUGGCUCUCCUGUGUUGGAGAAGAGGAAAAAGGCUCUAGGCCUUGAGAAAAGGCUAACAAUGCUUUCUUGGGAUGCCGAGUUUGCUGCAGCGAAAUCAGGUGGAACCUACACUCAUGAGUCAGACAGUGAUGCAAGUUCAGACCUGUUUGAGAUUGAGAGCCUCACAGGGAAAAACAACCCUUUUCUUGCAAGGCAAGCAUCAGAUGGUUGUGCCACCCCCACACAUUGUUACGCGCCGAGUGAGGCAAGCAUAGAGUGGAGUGUGGCCACUGCCAGUGCUGCAGAUUUCAGCUCUGCCAUGUCAGAUUGUGAAGACCUUGUCAGGCCAAGUCCAACCAACACCACAAAUGCCAAAGCAGCUAGAAUGAACAAAGAGAUGGUGCCAAUUAGGCACCGUUCCAAUGUUCUGUUAGGCUGCAAGAGUCACAAAGCUGUGAGAGUGGCAGCAAAUGCGCACAGACCACAGAACCAGAAGAACAUUAUUGACCCACAGAUGAUGCCUCGCAAGCCAGAAAUGCCACUCAUGCCAUCAACAAGGUUUCAAGCUGACCCAAACUCUAAGUUGACAGGUUUUGACUCGAGAGUACAAGGGCAGCAUGCGCUUGCACCACGGUCGCUUCCGCGUGCACAUUCACCACAUGCUUCUCAUCUUCUAUUCAUGCAGUAG